AUGGAGUUUCUUGAUGCCUUGCCGGUGUCUUCACUUGCAAGUGGUAAGUUCUGCGAGUUGGUGAUUUGUGAUUCUAUGGAAGAGCAUCAUCAUUUAGCUGAUUUUGCUGGACAAAAAGUGAUUCUUCAGUGGGUCAAUGGUUGUGCUCCGACCUUGCCCAUUGGAACCAAGAUCUCCAUUUGGGAUUUCGAUCAUGACUCUGCGAAUGGGAUUGCAACUGUCAAGGUCGAUUUCAGUAGCCACACAAGGUGGGUGGUUGCUUUGCCCCGUGAAAAAGAAAUCCAACUGAACGGUCGGUUCAUUGAACUUUGUGCUGGCCUUGGUGGUUGGUCAUGUGGACUGGGGUAUAUGAAGAUGAACACGAGGUUGCUCAUUGACAAGGAUGUGAAUGUAGCCACGGCUUGUAGCAAGUGGUUGAACCUUCCUUUGUUCAGCCUUAGUGAAGCAUACGACAUGGCUGCAGAAGGGAAAACGUUCCCAUCGUGUGUUAUCAUUGCCGACAUCUUCGACAAGAGGCUGUGGACGGUAAUUGGAUUGAUUGGUCCUGACUUUGGCCUUGUCUCUGCUCCAAGUGAGCCUUGGAGUAGGGCCGGGCGUGGUUCAGGGCUAUCUUCAGUAGAUGGGAAGCUGAUGGUUUUCAUCCCAGAAAUGGCACAGAAAACAGGUAUCAGAUGUUUGGUUGCUGAAAAUGUGGCAGGGAUUGCUAGCCAUUCCCACUACAAGGCCAUGGUGCAUUCAGCCAAAAGAUGUGGAAUGCCAAUCCGGUUCACUUCCAUUGAUGAUUGCUUCCCAGUUAUUCCAGUGCGAGGAGAUAGGUGGCUUGCUACCUUUCUCACAGCGGAGAUCCAAAUUCCCAUGUACCUAUUGGAGUGGAUUUCCAAAGUGAACUUUCCGAAGGUGCAUCCGAAGGACUCCAGCAUUGGAAAUCGGGAUUGUAUCUUCCUCGACAUGAAUGACGAGGAAAGGCAAGAGCUUGUGCCUGAUCAUACAGCAAUGUUGGAAUUGUCCAAUGCCAAGUACUUGCCAUGCUGGUUGUUUGAGGAUGGUAAGGCGGCUUUGGAGUGUCGCGCGCUAGGACCUCAUGAUAUCUUGUCAGACUUGAUGACUAUGUGUGGUCGUCAGCAUUUGUCUGCCGAUGAUUUGCUGUUGCACAAGGGACUUCUCACCACUUUGAUCCGAGAUCAUGAUGGUGUCAGGUACGUUAGUCCAUUUGAGUGGAUGGCCGCACUUGGGUGGCCAUGCUCACUCCAUUUGCCAAGGGAGAUCGAGGCUGCCUGGACGGCUGCGGGCAACUCCAUCUCCAUCCCUCAUGUGAUUCUGGCUUUGUUCAAAACACACGCUUGUCUGCAAGAUCGAUCUCCUUGGGGAGCAAAGAUUUUUAACCUGCGUGAGCUGAUGAACAUCGCGCUUCACUAUCGAAUCAAAGUUUCCAAAGUGAAACAAGUGUGUGGAGAGUCCACCAGGUGGCUCCAGUCAGAUGAUGUACAUAGCUCGGUAGUACAGGUCGGUUCACCUCCAUCCCCAGGUUGUGAUCCUUUUUGUUUGGGUGGCUUUAGAGGUUUGAGUGUUUGUCCUGUUUCCGAGUCUGUGUCCGGAACAUGCACCUUAGGUCCACUGCAGGGUUUGCAUCCGACGGCAUGCGUGAAACCAGAUGAUGAACAUGCCCCUCCCCAUGGAGGUGUACCGAUCCCGAGUGCAGAGUCCUUGCUCAAUGCAUCCGCCGUAGGUCCACAGGGUUUGCAUCCGACGGCAUCCGUGACAGCUGAAGAUGAGCAUGCCCCUCCCCAUGGAGGUGUACCGAUCCCGAGUGCGGAGUCCUUGCCCAAUGCAUCCGCCGUAGGUCCACAGGGUUUGCAUCCGACGGCAUCCGUGACAGCUGAAGAUGAGCAUGCCCCUCCCCAUGGAGGUGUACCGAUCCCGAUUGCAGAGUCCUUGCUCAAUGCAUCCGCCGUAGGUCCACAGGGUUUGCAUCCGACGGCAUCCGUGACAGCUGAAGAUGAGCAUGCCCCUCCCCAUGGAGGUGUACCGAUCCCGAGUGCAGAGUCCUUGCUCAAUGCAUCCGCCGUAGGUCCACAGGGUUUGCAUCCGACGGCAUCCGUGACAGCUGAAGAUGAGCAUGCCCCUCCCCAUGGAGGUGUACCGAUCCCGAGUGCAGAGUCCUUGCUCAAUGCAUCCGCAGUAGGUCCACAGGGUUUGCAUCCGACGGCAUCCGUGACAGCUGAAGAUGAGCAUGCCCCUCCCCAUGGAGGUGUACCGAUCCCGAGUGCAGAGUCCUUGCUCAAUGCAUUCGCCGUAGGUCCACAGGGUUUGCAUCCGACGGCAUCCGUGACAGCUGAAGAUGAGCAUGCCCCUCCCCGUGGAGGUGUACCGAUCCCGAGUGCAGAGUCUUUGCUCAAUGCAUUCGCCGUAGGUCCACAGGGUUUGCAUCCGACGGCAUCCGUGACAGCUGCAGAUGAGCAUGCCCCUCCCCGUGGAGGUGUACCGAUCCCGAGUGCAGAGUCUUUGCUCAAUGCAUUCGCCGUAGGUCCACAGGGUUUGCAUCCGACGGCAUCCGUGACAGCUGAAGUUAAGCAUGCCCCUCCCCGUGGAGGUGUACCGAUCCCGAGUGCAGAGUCUUUGCUCAAUGCAUCCGCCGUAGGUCCACAGGGUUUGCAUCCGACGGCAUCCGUGAAACCAGAUGAUGAACAUGCCCCUCCCCAUGGAGGUGUACCGAUCCCGAGUGCAGAGUCCUUGCUCAAUGCAUCCGCCGUAGGUCCACAGGGUUUGCAUCCGACGGCAUCCGUGACAGCUGAAGAUGAGCAUGCCCCUCCCCAUGGAGGUGUACCGAUCCCGAGUGCAGAGUCCUUGCUCAAUGCAUCCGCCGUAGGUCCACAGGGUUUGCAUCCGACGGCAUCCGUGACAGCUGAAGAUGAGCAUGCCCCUCCCCAUGGAGGUGUACCGAUCCCGAGUGCAGAGUCUUUGCUCAAUGCAUUCGCCGUAGGUCCACAGGGUUUGCAUCCGACGGCACCCGUGACAGCUGAAGUUGAGCAUGCCCCUCCCCGUGGAGGUGUACCGAUCCCGAGUGCAGAGUCUUUGCUCAAUGCAUCCACCGUAGGUCCACAGGGUUUGCAUCCGACGGCAUCCGUGACAGCUGAAGAUGAGCAUGCCCCUCCCCAUGGAGGUGUACCGAUCCCGAGUGCAGAGUCUUUGCUCAAUGCAUCUGCCGUAGGUCCACAGGGUUUGCAUCCGAUGGCAUCCGCCCCUCCCCAUGGAGGUGUACCGAUCCCGAGUGCAGAGUCUUUGCUCAAUACAUCCGCCGUAGGUCCACAGAGUUUGCUUCACGCGGCAUCCGUGAAACCUGAGGAUGAGCAUGCCCCUCCCCAUGGAGGUGUACCGAUCCCGAGUGUAGAGUCUUUGCUCAAUGCAUCCGCCGUAGGUCCACAGGUUUUGCAUCCGACGGCAUCCGUGAAACCUGAAGAUGAGCAUGCCCCUCCCCAUGGAGGUGUACUACCGAUCCCGAGUGCAGAGUCCUUGCUCAAUGCAUCCGCCGUAGGUCCACAGGGUUUGCAUCCGACGGCAUCCGUGACAGCUGAAGAUGAGCAUGCCCCUCCCCAUGGAGGUGUACCAAUCCAGAGUGCGGAGUCUUUGCUCAAUGCAUCCGCUGUAGGUCCACAGAGUUUGCUUCACGCGGCAUCCGUGAAACCUGAGGGUGAGCAUGCCCCUCCACCUGGAGGUGUAUCGAUCCCGAGUGCAGAGUCCUUGCUCAAUGCGUUCGCCGUAGGUCCACAGUGUUUGCAUCCGACUGCAUCCGUGACAGCUGAAGAUGAGCAUGCCCCUCCCCAUGGAGGUGUACCGAUCCCGACUGCAGAGUCUUUGCUCAUCAAUGCAUUCGCCGUAGGUCCACAGGGUUUGCAUCCGACUGCAUCCGUGACAGCUGAAGAUGAGCAUGCCCCUCCCCAUGGAGGUGUACCGAUCCCGAGUGCAGAGUCUUUGCUCAUCAAUGGAUUCGCCGUAGGUCCACGGGGUUUGCAUCACGCGGCAUCUCUGAAACCUGAAGAUGAACAUGCCCCUCCCCAUGGAGGUGUACGGAUCCCGAGUGCAGAGUUGCUCAAUGCAUCCGCCGUAGGUCCACAGGGUUUGCUUCAUGCGGCGUCCGUGACAGCUGAAGAUGAGCAUGCCCAUGGAGGUGUACCGAUUUCGAGUGCAGAGUCUUUGCUCAAUGCAUCCGCUGUAGGUCCACAGGGUUUGCAUCUGACGGCAUCCGUGACAGCUGAAGAUGAGCAUGCACCUCCCCAUGAAGGUGUCCCGAUCCGAAAUGCUGAGGCUUCGCUCAACGCACCCGCCAAAGGUCCACAGGGUUUGCAUCCGACGGCAUCCGUGAAACCGGAAGAUGAGCAUGCCCCUCCCCAUGGAGGUGUACCGAUCCGCAAUGCUAAGCCUUUGCUCGAUGCAUCCGCUGUAGACCCAUGUGGUUUGCAUCCGACGGCACCCGGAGAACUUGAGAAUAACCAUGCCCCUCCCCAUGGAGGUGAACUGAUCCGAAAUGCUGAAUCAUUGCUCAGUGCAUCCACCGUUGGUCCCGAUGAGGUGCAUCUGACGGCAUCCGUGAAACCGGAAGAUGAACAUGCCCCUCCCCAUGGAGGUGUACCGAUCCGAAAUGCUGAGGCUUUGCAGGGUUUGCAUCCGACGGCAUCCGUGAAACCGGAAGAUGAACAUGCCCCUCCCCAUGGACCCCAUGGAGGUGUACCGAUCCCAGGCGCUGAGUCUUUGCCCAAUACAUCCGCCGUAGGUCCACAGGGUUUGCACGCGGCAUCCGUGAAACCUAAAGAUGAGCAUGCCCCUCCCGAAGGAGGUGUACCGAUCUCGAGUGCAGAGUCCUUGCUCAAUGCAUCCGCCGUAGGUCCACAUGGUUUGCAUCUGUCCGAAUCUGUGAAACCGGAAGAUGACCAUGCCCCUCCCCAUGGAGGUGAACCGUUCCGAAAUGCUGAGGCGUUGCUCAUUGCAACCACAGUAGGACAGGGUUUGCAUCUGACAGCGUCUGUGAAACCUGAAGAUGAGCAUGCCCCUCCCGAUGGAGGUGUAUCGAUCCGCAGUGCUGAAACAUUGCACAGUACACCUACCGCUGGUCCACAGGGUUUGCAUCCGACAGCAUCCGUGAAAUCUCAAGAUGAGCAUGCCCCUCCCUAUGGAGGUGUACCAACCGGAAAUGCUGAGCCUUUGCUCAAUGCAUCCGCCGUAGGUCCACAGGCAUCCGGUGUGAAUGAAGGUGACCGGGCCCCAUCUGAGGUUGCGGUGCCUACCACGUCGCCAUACAGUGAUGAGUACCCAGCAUCCGUUCGAGUUGCACGUGAUAACGAAGAUGACCCAAUGAAUGGAAUGCACGGACACGAAGGCCCUCCCACCAAGCGCAUGAAAGGAAGUCAAACACAUUGGGUCGCUUUGUCGGAAGAAACAUGGGGAUUCGCACUGUUCCCGGAAGUUGCACGUCCAUUUGAGCGAGUUGAUACUUCUGAUCCUGAUUUUGGGGCGUUGGCAUUGACAUCACUGCAGCAUUGCCCCGACAUGAAGGAAACAAUUUCCAAGUGGAUGAUGCAUGCAGUGAUUAUCACCGGUGUUGAUCGGCUUUGGCCAACCACACGUGUUGCUACCAUUGUUGAUUGCGAUAAUCAAUGGAUCAAGGUAGGCCCGGUGAAAUCAUCAUCCACAGUGCUAGAAAUUCUCAGAAGUGUCCUGCCUCAUGCAACCACGUCUGAUUUUGCACAGGUGACUGUUGAUGGAGCCAAGGUGCCCGCAAUGUCUAUCCCACCGGGAGUUGACCGAAUUCAGGUUCAGUUCAUCCCUGUCUAUUACAAGGCGUCUAUCAGCAUGGAUACUGGUGAAGAAAUCAGCAUGCCUGUCUGUGUCACAACCACUGUCAAUGACAUUUUGGCACAGUUGCAAACGCUCCGAGUGGUGCAUAUGUCAUGCGUUCAAGUGAUCCAGCAUGAAAACAUCAUUGGAUCUACUGACUAUGUAAUGAAUGGGAGUUCUCUCAAGUUUGAGGUCCUGAGAAAGGCUGAGGUAUUCCUGCCUGCCAAAUUGCCUGAAGUUGCGUUGCCGGUAGGGUUGCUAGAGCCGCCUGCUCAUGCUGACAUUGCCAGGUCGUGCAAUCAUCCUUGCAUCCGGUUGGCCAUACGGGACCCAAAGUGGUCUACAGUUAGAACCAUCGCAGUGACACGUGACACCACCAUUGCAAUGGCAUUAUCAAAACUCAUGCCUGAGGAGUUCAGAGACUCCUGCGUCCAGAUAGCUGAACCACGAGGUAUUCUCCUAGGUAGCAUGCCAGUGUAUGUUCUCUUGGGUCUCACCAACGUCGAAGUUCAACUGCAACGAAAACAUGAUAUUCCCGUGGCCACGCUGUUGGCCUUCCCUGCAACGGCAUUCGAGGAUCAGUUCCAGCUGGGAGUUGGACAGGAAAUCCCUGAUGAGUUCAAGAUCAAAAGAUGGAUUAGGUCACCCUUCCAGGUCAAAGCGUAUGAAAAAAACAUGCAGUCUUCCUCCACAUUGAUGGAAGUUGCAGCAAGAUUUUUUGCCCACUGCAGGUCAAACCAGACCUUGAUGGUGCUGAUCAACGGCCGCAUCAUUGAUCCCCGGCUUCGAGUUGCUGAAACCGCGUCCAGUGAUGUAAUCACCGUCCGAUCAUGCCCAUUAGCUGGAGGAACAAAGAACCAAGACGUGAAAAACAUGAUCAAUCAUCAGCUGAAGAGCCGAGGUGUCAAAGACUCUGAAUUGAAAGCCAGGUCUGAGAUGUUCAUUGCCAAAGCCACACCUGAGGCUCUUAGAGCCUUCAUUCCAGAGCCAUACCAACAGCAAUGGAGCAGCAUCAAGAGCCUGGCAAACAGCCUGCAGGUGCGCCUUGUCACAUCAGAAGAACUCAAGAAGUUCCAGCAAGACAAAAAAGAUGCCAAGAAAAGUGAAACAGCUUCCACAGCAAGCACGUCGAAAUCCGAUUCCAACGCCUCCUUGCGAAAGUUGAUUGACAUGCAGGAUAUCACAGUUGAUAUGUCCUUCCUUCAUGCAGAGGGUCAGGAGGUGCAUCCUUUGCCCGCCAGUGCAUUUGGUGCCGACAAGACAGGAGUUGCUGUGAUGCAUAUGUCCCAAGCCAGUGCAUAUUGCCCAGAAGCCAAGUUGUCUCCCGAACCAUUGGCAAUCGUGGCUAUUGGCUCCAAGCCUAUUGAAGGAAAGGAAAUCCAAAUGUUCCCUGCUCGCAACGGCAAAGGGGACCCAAUUCUCAUCCCAGGAUGUCUCUUCAAUUUUGGGGAGCCGGCGAUCUCCACCAAGGAUUCGGUGGCCAAUGUUGAACUUGAAGUUCAAGAUGCGAUUGUUAUUGAAUUCUGGAUUCAGCGUGCGGAAUGCAAGCUGUGGACUGAUGUCAAAACACCAUUGCUGUAUCUGGGUCAGACCAUCAAGGAUUUGAAGAACACUCAGAUCAUCGCAUCCUGGGCCAUCAAGUUCUACACAGGCCCUCGUGCAGUGGCCACCCACGCAGAUGCAAAGUAUGCCCAUGGAUUCAUCCGUGUUCUUGCAGAACAUGUUGACCAAGUCCUGGUGAAAUCCGGCCGUGAUGGUGUGUAUCUUGUGCCAAAAGGUGAUGAUCGUCGACCUCAUCAGGCUUUCACAAUCAUUCAGGUACCAAACAAAAGCUUAGAAUUGUUGGCCAUGGCUCAAAGAACACCAAAUGUCCUUGGUCUUGUGGACACCAAUUCGGGUCUCAUGCUGCGCUGCAGGCGCGAACAUUACAAUAAGGUCCGAGGUGCUGUUUUCCCUGAAAGCCCGUUGCCUGAGCAAGGUAACUAUGAGCCAGGAGAUGAACUUUGGACGUUGCGUCAUUUGGCAGCCCACACGACAGCUAGCAGCCUCACCCAAGCCCUCAAGUCACUUGGGUGGACAUCCGCAAAGGCACUCAAGCCUGUUGGGCCUAAUGCCUGGUCAAUUGCCGCGCGUGGAAGCCCACCAGCCAUGCAUGUAAAAUUGAAUGGAUCGUUUGUGGUCAUUACUCCAGUGUCCAAAACCAAGACAGGCGUCUCAGCCCAGGCCUUGCCAGUUCCGCUGAGUGCGCAAUUGUCAGGUGCAGGUGGAACACCUGUUGUGAAUCAAUCACCGCCGUCCAGAUUCAAUGAGCUCAAAUCGGAACUCAAAACACACAUUGAGUCGUUGAUUGAGGAUAAGUUGACCGAAACCAGGUCCAAUCUCCAAAAUUUGAAUGCCAAGGUUGAGACCACGUGUAGCAAUGUUGCAGCCCUGCAAAAAGCGCAAUCGGAGACUGACGGCAAGAUCGGAAGCUUAGAGAAAACAGUCCAUGAAAGCCAUCAAUCGGUAGUUGGUUCAAUGUCACAGAUGUUCCAGAAGCUUGAAGCCUCCAUGAACGACCGAUUCAACAAGAUGGAAUCGCAUGAGUCCAAGGAGCCCAAAAGACAGAAAGUCAAUGAGUGA